AUGGACAAGCUAGAUUAUCUUGUGAGCAGCAGACCCACGGCAGUAAAUCUGGCCGAUGCUGCUCGGAAGCUUAGGGCCGUGGCGAGUGAUCAUACACAAAGGCCUGGAUCGACUGGGCGCAGCGUCGCUACUGCUCUGAUACAAGCAGCAGAGGAAAUGCUGGUGAAGGAUAUUGAGGACAACAAAAACAUAGGAAAGCAUGGUGCCCAAUGGAUCAUGGCCAAUGCCGUGGGCAAGCCGAAGGCUACUGUUCUCACACAUUGCAAUACGGGCUCCCUUGCAACAUCAGGUUACGGCACUGCGCUCGGAGUUAUCCGCGCCCUUGCGUCUACAGAGAAUCUGAACCGUGCUUACUGCACCGAGACACGACCCUACAAUCAAGGAUCUCGGUUGACUGCGUUCGAAUUGGUCCACGACCGUCUCCCCGCCACUCUCAUAACAGACUCUAUGGCCGCUGCUCUACUUGCGAAGUCUGGUACUCAGGUAGAUGCCAUCGUAGUGGGAGCGGAUAGGGUGGCUGCGAACGGAGAUACAGCGAAUAAAAUUGGUACUUAUGGCCUCGCUGUGCUUGCAAGGUAUCACGGUGUGAAAUUCCUCGUUGCUGCACCGCUUACUACAAUUGAUCUGGCCACCCCGUCCGGUCAUGAAAUCAUAAUCGAGGAACGUGCGGCCUCCGAAGUCACAACUGUCAGAGGACCGCGUGCCAACAAAUCUACCGAUGAUAUUGAAUUAGAAACUGUGCGCAUAGCCGCUGAUGGCAUCGAUGUCUGGAACCCGGCCUUUGAUGUCACACCGUCCACACUUAUUGACGGUAUCAUCACAGAGAAGGGCGUGGCAGAGAAGGACGCCGAUGGCCAGUUUCACUUGGAGGACUUGUUUCGCAACUCCUCCUCAACAUGA